AUGAGUGCUGUGGAGGCUGAACUGGCUCCAACACCACAACCCGAGGAGGAAGUCGAGGACGGCAGCGAGUCUGUUGAGGUGAGUAUAAACCUUUUUGUGCUCCAUCAGAGUAGUGAUGUUAUUUGUCUUCCUGUAGAAAUUAUGAUGCGUUUGGCAGUAGUUUUAUGAUUUCUGUCGCAAAUGUAGUGAGUGUAAGUAAUGUCUUGUGUUUUAGUCCCCGGAGGCGAUAAUCCCUGUUACGUCGGUUCUCAAUCAAGCCUUCCCCCUUAAAGAUGUUUGGUCAUUUUGGUACUUGGACAACAGGAAAUCCUUGGACUGGUUGGAGAGAUUGCACAACAUAUGCAAGAUCGACAGUGUCGAAAGCUUUUGGGCGUAAGUUUAUGUUGACACGUUUUAAGUCUCUUAUUUAGGUUAAUGGAUCAUAUCAGACCUCCCGCAGUGAUGUUUCACUGUGAUUAUUCGUUGUUCAGAGACGAUAUUCAACCUGUCUGGGAGGUGGAUGAGAACAGGGAAGGCGGCCGUUUGGUGUUGUUGGUGGGUUUAAUUCAACAACUUUUUUAUUUGCUUUCAUUAUAUUUUUUGAGAGGUUUAGAUACAUGUAUUGGAAUGUUUUUAGAUUCAAAAGUCCGAAAUGGAGUACCUAAACGAACUAUGGGAGAAGCUUUUAGUUGCGUUGAUUGGGAAUCGAUUCCGGGAACACACGAGCUCAGUUUGUGGUGCUGUAUGUAAUAUUAGACAAAAAGGGUCAAAGAUAACUUUAUGGACUUCGAAAGCUUCUGAUGUCGAGUCCAACAAAGCGAUUGGGUUUGUUCUUUUGUUUAUUCGUUAUGCAUUUAGGAGUUCCUCUUCUGUCUCGACUUGAUUAAGAUUGAUCUUAUUUUAGUGGGAUUCUUCGGGAAGUCUGGGAAGAAUCGCAUCCUCGGUUCAUUGAAAAACGAAGAAUCCGAUACGAAAGUCAUGCCGAUGCUCAAUCCAAGCAGGGAAGUGCUACUCCCCAUAAAUUCGAAUGUUAA